CAACAACAUCCCCCCAUACACCCCCAUGAGCUCCCUCGGGCACGAGCUCGGCACGCUCUUCGGCUUUCUGUCCGCGUGCUUCGUCGUCAUGGGCGUGUAUGUGUAUUUCUGGCGCGCCGCCGAACACCGCGACGAAAAAGCCGAACAGCUCCGCCGCCAAAUGCUCCUGACGCGAGGCAUCCACCACGGCCAGGGCGGGGUGCGCGAGAAGAUCCUCCUCCAAACCCGACCCCCCAACCAACCGCUCCCGGGCCAACCCCAAUCCUCCACGCAAUCGCAAUCCAACCUGCAAUCCAUCGGCACCCUGUCCGCCACCCCCUCGCAAUCCAUCUUCCAGUCGCAGUCGAACCUGCAGUCGCCGCAGCAGCGCACGUUCGUGGAGCUAGGGAGUGAGGGCGAAGGUGGUCCCGGGGACGGGGGAGGAAGAGGAUGGAGGUCGCCGGGGGGUGUGAGUAGUUUGAGUCCGAGUCCGAGUCCGGUUACCGUUCCUGGGGUCGGUGUGGGAGGUGUUGGUGGUGGUAUGGCCAAGAGGGUCAAUUUGAAUGCGGCCAGUUUGGCGACCAAGUUGGGGAAUCCGCCCAGGGAGGAGGAUGUCGAGAUGGAUACUUUUGGGGGGAGAUGAUUUUUCUCUAUCUACUACUUCUACUUCUUCUUUUUAGGUACUGAGUGUCGUCUACUUUACUUGACUGAGUUUAUCCACCUUGAUGUGUUGUGUUUAGGGGGUUGCUUUCUUUCUGCUUUGUAUGCGCUGUGUGUGUUACUCUGUACUCUGUACUGUGUGUGUACCUACCGUUUCAGCUUUCCAAGGUACCUUUAUACUUUCUCAUUG